AUGGGCCUCAGGGGCAUCAAGGCCAAUCGCACCAACAUUGGCGCCCUCCUCGGAUGCGACAGGGAGCAGUGCGACGUCUCCACCGCCGCGCUGCCCAGGCUCCAGCGGCUGGACAAGGGAAACAAGUAUCCCGUGCUCUUCUACGCACCCGAGAUGGAGGCGUUGGCGCAGCAAAUCGCGGGCGAGGACGUGUGCGGGAGCAGCGUCGAGCUCGGCAGCAUCGACUGGCGCACCUUCCCCGACGGGUUCCCCAACCUGUUCGUGAACGAUGCGUACGGCGUGCGGGACCGCCACGUGGCGUUCCUCGCAUCGUUCCACUCCCCCGAGGUCAUCUUCGAGCAGCUCUCCGUCAUCUACUCGCUGCCGAAGAUGUUCGUGGCGUCGUUCACCCUCAUCCUCCCAUUCUUCCCCACGGGGACGAGCGAACGCGUGGAGCGCGAGGGCGAGAUCGCCACUGCCGUAACCCUCGCCAGGAUCCUGAGCAACAUUCCCCCGUCGAGGGGCGGGCCGUGCAGCACACUGAUCUUUGACAUCCACGCGCUGCAGGAGCGGUUUUACUUUGGCGAUAACAUCCUCCCGUGCUUCGAGUCGGGGAUUCCCCUGCUCCUGAACCGCCUGACCCAGUGCGAGGACGCCGACAACAUCGUGAUUGCCUACCCCGACGAGGGGGCGUGGAAGAGGUUCCACGGCUUCUUCAAGGGGAUGGAGGAGGUGGUGUGCACCAAAGUUAGGCAGGGCGACAAGCGGCUGGUGAAGCUCAAGGAGGGCGAGCCCGCGGGGCGGCACGUCAUCAUCGUGGACGACCUGGUGCAGUCGGGGGGUACCCUGAUCGAGUGCCAGAAGCUGCUCUCGAGGCUGGGUGCGGUGAAGGUGAGCGCGUACGUCACGCACGGCGUCUUCCCGGGUAACAGCUGGAAGAAGUUCUGCGCGGGGGGCGGCGGGCAGGGCUUUUACAAGUUUUUCCUCACCGACUCGUGCCCUGGGACUGCGGAGGCUGUGAGGGGGACCGAGCCGUUCGAGAUCCUCUCGCUCGCGCGACCAAUCGCCGAGGCCCUGCACGUGUGA